AUGGGAAGGUCUCCUUGCUGUGACGAAGAUGGGCUGAAGAAAGGUCCGUGGACUCCGGAAGAGGACAAGAAGCUGGUGGAUUACAUACACAAAAACGGCCAUGGCAGCUGGAGAGCUCUCCCCAAGCUCGCCGGGCUGAAUAGGUGCGGCAAGAGCUGCCGGCUGAGGUGGACCAACUACUUGCGGCCGGAUAUCAAGAGGGGGAAGUUCUCUCAGGAUGAAGAACAGACCAUUCUCAAUCUCCAUUCCAUUCUUGGCAACAAGUGGUCAGCAAUAGCAAGUCAUCUCCCCGGACGGACAGACAACGAGAUCAAGAACUUCUGGAACACACACCUGAAGAAGAAGCUGAUCCAGAUGGGGUUCGACCCGAUGACCCACCAGCCACGGACCGACCUGUUCGCCACGCUGCCCCAGCUCAUGGCCCUGGUCCAGCUCAAGGACCUCCUCCUCGACCACACCAGCAGCAACAGCAACCCACUCGACCACCAGACCAUGAGGCUCCAGGCCGAGGCCCUCCAGCUCGCCAAGCUCCAGUACGUCCAGUACCUCCUCCAAUCCUCCUCCUCCACCUCAUCACCACCAACCCCACACCACCAACACCAAAACGGCGCCGUAUCAUCCGACAUGGAACUCAUCAACCUCCUCAAUUCUCUCCCCAACCAGCAACUCAAUAGUAAUUCCGAGUAUGGAUUCGGUAACAUGAUCUCUUCUUCUUCUCCUUCUCCUCCCAUGGCGGCCAAUAAUAAUACUCAUCAACCACUCCACCAUAUUCUACUCCCACCUUUGUGUGACCCACGAGAGGAAGAAGCCGUCACUUUCAUGAGCCCUAAUUCUUCUUCCUCUUGCUUGCCCGCGCAAACAACUCCCACAACCACUACGGCGACCACCGUGGCGCUUCAUAAUAAUAAUAAUAGUACCAAUCAUAAUGUCGAUAUUCCCUCGUCGGCGGAGAUGAUGAGCUCGUGGCCGGCGGCGGUUGUUCUACCGUCAUCCUCCAACAGCAAUCCGGCGGCAGGCGGCGGCGGGGAUGGUGGUAGCAGCAGCAGCUCUAGCUACGCCGGCGGGGUGACUUCUUCUUAUAGUAAUUGGCCGGAACUUUUCCUCGACGAUCCUAUUCUCAGCGAGAUUUCCUUGUGA